CGUGAGCUCUGAGCUCUGGGUUCGGCGGCCGGCGGCGGGAGAUCGCUGGCCAGCUGCACGCCACACUCGCUUGGUUGGGGAGAUCGGCGCUCGGCCGGUGAGAGUGAGCCUGGGAGAUGGCAGUGAUGGAAGUGGCCUGCCCAGGCGCCCCUGGCUCAGCCGUCGGGCAGCAGAAGGAGCUCACCAAGGCCAAGGAGAAGAUGCAGUCACUGGGAAAGAAGCAGAGCUGCGUCUACAAGCUGGAGGCUGUGGAGAAGAGCCCAGUAUUCUGCGGGAAGUGGGACAUCCUGAACGAUGUGAUUACCAAAGGCACCGCCAAGGAAGGCUCUGAGGGCGGCCCAGCCGCAAUCUCCAUCAUCGCCCAGGCGGAAUGUGAAAAUAGCCAAGAGUUCAGCCCCACCUUUUCAGAACGAAUCUUCAUCGCCGGGUCUAAACAGUACAGCCAAUCUGAGAGUCUUGAUCAAAUUCCCAACAAUGUGGCCCAUGCAACCGAGGGCAAAAUGGCCCGUGUAUGUUGGAAGGGAAAGCGUCACAGCAAAGCCCGGAAGAAACGGAAGAAGAAGAGCUCGAAGGCAGGAGUGUCCUUGGCCAAACCCUUGCCCAGAACCCCCGAGCAGGAGAGCUGCACAGUUCCAGUGCAGGAGGAUGAGUCUCCACUAGGUACCCUGUAUGUCAGAAACGCCCCCCAGUUCACCAAGCCUCUGAAGGAACCAGGCUUUGACCAUCUCUGCUUUAAGAAGCUCGGCGAGGAUCUACGGCCAGUACCACCUCGACCAGAACUGCACAAACUCAUCAGCCCCUUGCAAUGUCUAAACCACGUGUGGAAACUCCACCACCCGCAGGACAUGGGCCCCCUGCCCCAUUCUGCUCACCCCUUUCCCUACAGCAGACUGCCCCAUCCCUUCCCGUUCCACCCUCUCCAACCCUGGAAACCUCACCCAUUGGAAUCCUUCUUCCUGGGCAAACUAGCCUGUGUAGAUGACCAGAAGCCCCUGCCUGGCCCACACCUGAGCAAACUGACCUGCAUAGACAGUCAGAAACCCCUGCCUGGCCCACACCUGGAGCCCAGCUGCCCGACUCAUAGCUCCCGUGAGAAGUUUGUGGAAGAGUACCUGGUGCAUGCUCUGCAAGGCAGUGUGAGCUCAGGCCAGGCUCACAGCCUGGCCAGCCUGGCCAAAACUUGGUCAGCAGGGGGCUCCAGACCCCAGAGGCCCAGCACCGAAACUGAGGACAACGAAGGCGUACUGCUUACUGAGAAGCUCAAGCCAGUGGAUUAUGAGUACCGAGAAGAAGCCCACUGGGCCACGCGCCAGCCCCGCCUGGGCAGAGGCUCCUUCGGAGAGGUCCACAGGAUGAAGGACAAGCAGACAGGCUUCCAGUGUGCUGUCAAAAAGGUGCGGGUCGAGGUGUUUCGGGCAGAGGAACUGAUGGCAUGUGCAGGAUUGACCUCGCCCAGAAUCGUCCCUUUGUAUGGUGCUGUGAGAGAAGGUCCCUGGAUCAAUAUCUUCAUGGAGCUCUUGGAAGGUGGCUCGCUGGGCCAGCUCAUAAAGCAGAAGGGCUGUUUGCCAGAAGACCGGGCCCUUUACUACCUGGGCCAGGCCCUGGAGGGGCUGGAGUACCUCCACACACACAGGAUUCUGCAUGGAGAUAUCAAAGCUGACAACGUGCUCCUGUCCACUGAUGGGAGCCGCGCAGCCCUCUGCGACUUUGGCCAUGCCGUGUGCCUGCAGCCUGAUGGCUUGGGGAAGUCCUUGCUCACAGCGGACUACAUCCCUGGCACAGAGACCCACAUGGCCCCGGAGGUGGUGAUGGGCAAGCCCUGUGAUGCCAAGGUGGACAUCUGGAGCAGCUGUUGCAUGAUGCUGCACAUGCUCAACGGCUGCCACCCCUGGACUCAGUACUUCCGAGGGCCACUCUGCCUCAAGAUUGCCAACGAGCCUCCACCUGUGAGAGAGAUCCCUCCCUCCUGCUCCCCUCUCACAGCCCAGGCCAUCCAAGAAGGGCUGAGGAAAGAACCUGUCCACCGAGCCUCAGCGACAGAACUUCGGGGCAAGGUUGGCCGGGCACUGCAGCAAGUGGGAGGUCUGAAGAGCCCUUGGAGGGGAGAAUAUAGAGAACCAAGACAUCCACCGCCAAACCAAGCCAGCUACCACCAGGCCCUGCAAGCCCAGCCCAGGGAGCUCUCACCAGCCAAGGACACCACCGGAGGGGCCCGUAAGCUUCAGCCUCCUCUACCGCCAGAGCCCCCAGAGCGGAACAAGUCUCCAGCCCUGAGCAAGGAGGAAUCUGGCAUGUGGGAACCCUUGCCUUUGUCCUCCCUGGACCCAGUGCCUGCCAGAAGCCCCAGCUCACCAGAGCGGAGAGCAACCUUCCCGGAGCUGGAGCUACAGCAGCUGGAAAUAGAAUUAUUUCUGAACAGCCUAUCCCAGCCAUUUUCUCUGGAGGAGCAGGAACAAAUUCUUUCAUGCCUCAGCUUCGACAGCCUCUCCCUGUCAGAUGACAGUGAGAAGAACCCAUCAAAGGCCUCUCAGAGUUCUCGGGACACCCUGAGUUCCGGCGUACACUCAUGGGGCAGCCAGGCGGAGGUUCCAAGCUCCAGCUGCAACAUGGUGCUGGCCCGGGGACGGCCCACUGACACCCCAAGCUACUUCAAUGGUGUCAAAGUCCAAAUACAGUCCCUCAAUGGUGAACACCUGCACAUUCGGGAGUUCCACCGGGUCAAGGUGGGAGACAUCGCAACUGGCAUCAGCAGCCAGAUCCCAGCCACAGCCUUCAGCUUGGUGACCAAAGAUGGGCAGCCUGUUCGCUAUGACAUGGAGGUGCCUGACUCCGGCAUUGAUCUGCAGUGCACCCUGGCACCUGAUGGCAGCUUUGCCUGGAGCUGGAGGGUCAAGCAUGGCCAGCUGGAGAAUCGGCCCUAGCCCUGCCUUCCACGGCUAGCUCCAGUCCACCUUGAGCAACCUUUCUUCUGGGUGCUCGAUGCCGCCCUGAAACACAGGCCCAACCUGUUCCUGGGGAUCUGCUGUCCCCUGGCUCAGUAGUGGAACCAAGGGCUGGCAGCAGCAAAGUGGGGGUAAAUGAUACACCCCCCAGGACUUCCCACCUGAGUCCUGCCACCUCUGCCAAGAAGAUGCUCCAGCCACCUAAGGAGACCAAGGAGGAAGGCAGGAUGACUCUUCCUGUGGGAACCAAGAGGGUCUUCUCUGCACUGCUCCACAGAGUUGGCCUGACCCAUUUGGAUCAGUGACCACUUGCUGGCAAUCAGAGGGAAGCAGCUUCCAGCCUGGGGCAGGAAAAGCAAGAGAGCCCCUGGGCCUCUCGGCCCACAGGCAAGUGUGAGAGUGUGAGGGCCCAUACCCAGGUCAUCCAGGACCAGAGCAGCAGGCGUUCCCACCCUUGGCAUUAGUGGGGGUUUCUGACCCCUUGCCUGGCCUUCCUGGCUGUGGACCCACUUUGGGAUAGAGGAGGGAGGAAUGCUGCCUUUAUGGGUUGUUGCAGCUCAGCUCCUGAGUCAAACUCUGUUCAGCCAAGAGUCAAAGAAGGUGUUGAAGUGAAGUGGUUCUCAGCCCUUAGGCACAAGCAUGUGUCCCUUUGAUGCUCCCCAGAACAGCAGUCCCCUUGCCCUGCCACUGACUGGCUGGCACUAAGUUCCCUUGUCUAUACAAGUGAAGAGUGACACGAGACACACCUGACAGGAAUGGUCUGCAGAUGGGGCACCAUGGAGGCUAAAGAAAGUGACAGACAUAGGCAUUGUUGCCCACACACACACACACACAAACACACACCACACUGCCAACAUCCAGCACACUUGCCCUGCCCAGCCCCUGGCCCCAGGGCACUGCCAGAUACACUUUGCACUCCGAUGACCUCAAAGCACUUUCCUGGCUGCCCUCCAGGAGGGCAGUGGCUCUACAUGGACACAAGCAGGCCAGGGCAUGGAUGAAGGGACUCAGUCUUGACCUGUCCAUGUGCAUGUGACCCCUCAAACCUCUCCUCAGUUUAAGAUGAGCACUCCCUCCCUACUGCCUCUGCCUAGCCUCUUCUCUGCGGGGAGCUGCUCGGGACUCAUGUAGCAUUAAAUCAACUGUGAAUCGUUUCAGGGAGGGGUACCAAGAUCCCUCCUCAGAAGCAGCUUGUCCCCCACCCAGCCAACGUGGCCUUCAUCCAGCUGUUAGCAUGGAGCCAGGCUGCUCCAGGGAGAGCCGGCCCCAGCACAUGAAGAACUGCAGCCUCUGAACUGCAGCGUUGGGUUGUAGAGAACUCUGUAAACAAUAAAGUUUGGGGU